CUUAAUACUGCUCUAUCUAUGACACAGAAGCUGGAUUGCAGGAACCUUAAUCUGCUCUUCGUGAUCAGACAAAGAGACAACCUUAUUCUCACGCGCCUAACGAGGCGUGAGUGCACGGACUAAGCCUCAGAUUGACACGUCACACCUGCUUCUUGGACUCGACAAAUCAGUAGUCUGUCACUGCGCUUUUCCCGUUGAACGGUGAAUUUCACUGUCCGGUGCAGCGGCGACAUAGUGAUAGAAGGAAUUGAUUUUCCCCUCAAACCAAAACCCUUCUCUUUCGUCCAUUUUCUCCUUCUAAAACCCUAAUUUUCUCUCUCUCCCGUUUCUCGCUCCUCAAUAAGGAAGAGUUUUGUUGACACAUUUAUCUGCCUUCUAUGGCAUGGCUUUUGAAGACAGAUUUCUUUCCAGAGGGUAACCUGUCAUAGCCCCACAUGCAUUCUAUGCCCUGAAAUGGAAAGAGGCUUAAGAAUAUCUAUAUGUUAUAAAGCCAUGGUAUAAGUCAUGCAAAGUCUUCUUACAGUGCCUAUUCUGCAGUCUUUCCUGGUAUCAUAAUAAAUUUUGAGGUGCAUUUGUUGUUUAGAUGUUAAAUUUGAUGAAUUUCUUUUUUGACAGCCUACCAGUCUGUUUUUUGUCCCCCUAGUAAUUUGGGUUAUCUUUCUUUUUUCGUCUUUUUCUUUUACAUAGUUAUCAUGUGGAGAGGUUGUAUGUAUGCCAUGCCUUUCCUCAAUAAAUUAAAAACCUAUGUAAAGUUGAAGGUUGCAUUAAAAAGUAGAAUAAUCUAAUGAACUGCGCAAAAGGCAUUCAGAUCAUGGAACCUUAACUAUGUCUUAUGGUGGUCAUUUCCAAGGUUUGAAUCCAGGGUGUAAUGGUAAAUGAUUGAGCGCUUUUCCAUUAUACCAAAUCCAACCUUCUGGAAACAAAAUAUGGGAUCAUAAUUUCCUUUUGGAAACAAAAUAUGGGAUCAUAGUUUCCAUAAGUUUCCUCUCCAAAAUGGGGAACUGUUAUCAUAGUUCUUCAAAAUGUAGAAAUGAAAAGUUGCUCAAAUCUCAAACGAUUUAGUCCAUAAUGUGCUGAAUCUGGGAUACCAGAAUAUUAUGCAAUUUAAUAGGCUUUAUUCUGGUUUAGAAAGUAAUAUAUAUCAUUAUUGCCAGCAUAUCAGAAUUUUAUUUUCUCAUUACUUCUUGGCAAAGGAAAAAUAUAUAUAUAUGGUAUGUAGUUCAAUUACUCUUCUUGCCAAGUACUGUUAGGAUUGCUGGACUGCUAGUUUAUGUUAAACCAAUUGUCUCAGCUUAGUGUUGUGUAUUCUAUUUUGGGUCUGCUACAUGAAUCAUCCCAAGUUAAUGGUUUAAGUUAAAUAUUGAGGAUCAUGGCUAACCUAUUCCAACUUCUAGACUUGUAAAUUUAGUUAAUAUAAAAUGUGCUUCCGUAAAUUGAGAAAUUGCUUGAAUUAGCAUUCCUUUUCCUUUUUCCUAGUGAUGUUAAUGUGUCUUGCUGGCCAAAUUAAGAGAGUAUUUGAAUUAAUAUCUGCCUUUCCUAUUGAUGUUCAUGUGUUGGACUUUGAGAUGUAACAAGGGUGCAAUCUUAUAUGUAAUAAAGUUAGGCAAUUGAUAUUUUCUACAUAUGAGCUUAUUUCGAUAUUAACCUUAGGGUUGUUUUAGCGGAUCACUUUUCAAGGAAUCUGGCCCAGUAUGAUCUGAACUUGGAUGUUGAUUGAGCCUAGACCGUAUGGAUGAGCAUCAAUUGGCUCAUUGAAUAAAAAGCCGAAAUGCCACUACUCAAUAGGCCUUCUCAUAUCAGAUAAGUUCACAGAGUGGUGUUCUGUGAUACCCUAGUCUGGCCGAUCAUUUUAGAUCUGCUUCUUUUCAUCCAGAUUGAGGCAUGAACAGACACGCAUCCAGGGUUUGUUCUCCUCGGCCAAUCCACCAUUGACUUCUCACUUGUUCAGAGCAGAGCUUUCCUCUGUCAAUUUGUUUUUGGUCCGUUGCCAACUUUUCUUGAUCUCAUGAGUCGUGAUAAUGAAUCCUCUAUAUUGACUGGUUUGCUCCACUGUCUUAAGAGAUCUUAAUCUUAAAGAACCUUUUGAAAUCUUCGUGAAUUGAUCCACCUGCAUCAGUUUCCGGUGCUCAAAGAAAUGCCCCAGAGAAAAAACAGGAAUUGAAAGAUUCAGUAAGAAGUCGAGCAUCACCUAAAAAUUUCUGAGUUUUGGUUGCAGUAAGAAAUCAGCUUCUUCCAAGUGCGAAAUGUCUGAACAUCCUCAAAAGUUGAGCAAGAAAAUAGUAAAGAAUCAGGAGCCAAAGAAAAUGACCACUAGCCCUCGGGAUCAUCCUCCAAGAAAGCAGCAAAGAAAGGCGGAAAACCCUGUCCGAAUACCACCACCUACCGAGCAGUGCGUCAAUUUUAAAUGCCCAAAGUCAUGGAUCUGCAAAAAUUCUGCGUGCCAAGCAAGUAUUUCAAUGGACGACAAAUUCUGUAAGAGGUGCUCUUGCUGCAUUUGCCACUCGUUCGACGAUAAUAAGGAUCCAAGUCUUUGGUUGGAAUGCAUAUCAGAGUCUGGUGAGGGGGAAUCCUGUGGCUUAACAUGCCACGUUGAGUGUGCCUUCAAACAAGGGAAGGUGGGGGUCGUCGAUCUCGGACAAUUAAUGCAGCUAGACGGGAGCUACUGUUGUGUUUCUUGUGGUAAAGUUUCGGAAAUACUAGGUUAUUGGAAGAAGCAACUUUGUAUAGCAAAAGACGCCCGUCGGGUUGAUAUCCUCUGUUUUAGAAUAUACAUGAGUUACAGGCUCCUGGACGGGACUUCCAGGUUUAAAGAACUACACAAUAUUAUUAAAGAAGCCAAGGCUAAAUUAGAAGCCGAGGUGGGCCCUGUGAAUGGCUCUUCUACCGUGAUGGCUCGUGGCAUUGUUAGUAGACUUUCUGUUGCAGGUGCCGUGCAGUCUCUCUGCUCUCUCGCCAUUAAAAAAGCUGAUGAAUGGCUAGCCAAGAAGUAUAGCGCUGUCCCUAACUAUAAAGAGAGUUCACUGCUAGCAGCCUGCAAAAUCCAUUUUGAGGAAGCAACGCCUUCUUCGGUUGUAGUUGUAUUGGUAGAUAUAUUGAGUGCAUCGUCGGUAGAUGUCAAAGGGUACAAAAUCUGGUACCGUAGGGCUGAAGUAGACACUUAUCCUAAAGAGCCUAAUUGUGUCCUUCCGAAAAGCCAAAGAAGGAUUUUGAUAUCUAAUUUGCAGUCUUGCAUGGAGUAUUGCUUUAGGGUUGUGUCCUAUACAGAGUCCGGUGACUUGGGACACGCUGAGGCUAAGUGUUUCACGAAGAGCGAUUUGAGCUCUGUUACGGGAAAUCAGUCGAAGGAGAAUCUAGAUUCAGGAGGAAGCUCGGGCGCAAAAACGGAUGACGGAGCUACAAUAGUUGAGUCUGAUUCGGGUUUCAAGGUUCGUGACCUUGGAAAAAUCACGAGGAUGAAUUGGGAACAACAAGAAGGCAGUGUAGAAGCGUUGUGUGGAGCGGAUACGGAAAAGUGCCUCGAAGUUUGCAAUUUUCCCAAGCCCAACGCUGUGCAAGAAGAUCAUAACCCGUCUGCUUCUUGCCAGCUUGACCUAAAUGUUGCUUUGAUUCCUGAUUUGAACGAAGAGCUAACCCCUGAGUCCUCGAGAGAUGAACACAACGGGUGCGUGCAGAUUGUUGAUGUGGAAGACGCCGUCUCCAACGACAACGAGGGGAAUUGCGUCGCUGGGUCACACGGGAGUGGCGACUCCCAAAACUGGAACCAUCUCCAGACUAGGGACGUGACAGCCGUUGACUCUGAGCUGGCAGGGAGUCGGAAGCGGGCAGCUAGCACCAACGGUGACACACAGGACUCCGACAGCGCCCUGCUAAGUGGCUCGCCAAACCGAGCACGCAACAGUUCCGGGCUCCUGGACGAGAACUUUGAGCACUGCGUGAAAACCAUCCGGUGGCUGGAAUGCGAGGGCCACAUUAAUAACGACUUCAGGUUGAAGUUUCUUUCCUGGUUUAGCCUGAGAUCCACAGAGCGGGAGCGCAGGGUUGUGAAUACCUACAUCCAGACUCUAAUCGACGACCCGAGCAGCUUAGCAGGACAGUUGGUCCAUUCUUUUUUGGAAAUCAUAUCCACCAAAAGGCCUCACACCGGCUUCUGUGGCAGGCUGUGGCAUUAAAUCGGCAAAACCAUCCAUCCAUUCACGCAGGUCGAAAUUUCUUCUUCUUCUUCUUCUUCUUCCAAUUCUGUUGAUAUAGUCCACAUUACAGAUUGUAUUGGUAGUUCUCUCUGUACAACAAAUUUUGUCAAGUCACAAGUGAUUCAUUCAUACACAAGAGGGUUCUUCUUUUUAGGGUUCUUCAAGAACCCAGUUCAGCUAAACAAUUCAUUUCAGGGUUCUUUUUAGGCAUAUUUCUCCAUGGGGGAGGAGAUCCAAGAAGGGUUAGACUCAAUAUUUUCUUGUUUCAGAAGGUUGAUGAUUGGUUAUGGAGCAGCCAAAACUAUAUUUUUUAUUUAAUGAUUUGGAGAUUUUGUGGCAGAAUAGCUGCUGCUGCUAUUUUAUUGUUUAGUCAUUUCAUUUUUAGUUCUGAAUUCUGUGGGUGAAGACUCAAGUCUGAAGUGAGAUAUACUGAUUCAUUUCUUUUUCUCUGCAAAUUCUUUUCAUUCUUGGUC